AUGCUGAUCUUCUCGCUAUUCAAAACACUAACUGACCAAACGGUCACUGUUGAGCUAAAGAAUGAUCUUUCGAUAACUGGUGUUCUCAAAUCGGUCGACCAGUUCCUCAAUAUUCGUCUAGACAACAUCAAAGUCCUGGACGAAGCGAACCACCCACAUAUGAUGGCUGUGAAGAACUGCUUUAUUCGGGGUUCGGUUGUGCGAUACGUACAGCUACCUGCGCAGCAUGUUGAUACGCAGCUUUUGGAGGAUGCGACAAGACGCGAGGCUGCGAAUCAGGUCAAACGAUAG